GACUCGAGGGGAGCCUUUCAGUUCAGUCGAGGUUCAGAUCUUGUCACGUGUGAAAUUUGAUGCAAUACCUCCAAGUGUUUGUUUGGGCAAUUAACGCCUGAUGCGCAAAGUGAAUUGCCGAGUGGAGAAUAGAGUUCAGUGUUAUUGUUUCGGGCGUUUUUUUUUUUGCUGUAGAUUAACGUUUCCAAUGAGCAGGUCUAAAUGGUUGAGAUGAAUAAAGCUUCAUACCAUCACAUGAUCGUGGUGGUCGCCUGCCUGGUGGCCAUCGUGAGUUUUGAUCUGGAGCCGGUGCAGGGACACGUGGCCCUAACGUUUCCACCGGCGCGCAAGUAUGACCUGGACUUUCUGGAUAACUCCCGGACCAAGGCGCCCUGCGGAAUGCCUAAAGGUUCAUUGAAAACAUCAUUCCUGGCCGGAAGCACUUUCAACGUCUCGUGGCAUCUCGCAUAUCCGCAUCGGGGCGGCUUCCGGCUCGAGAUUCUGGAUCGCAACGAACGGCCAAUUCUGAACCUUACCAAACCGUUGAAAGGGAAAUUCGUGCGAGAUGAUGUAACGGCCCAACAGUUCCAGGUAUCGUUACCGCGCGAUUUCACCUGCCCAGACUGUACGAUACGGUUAACGCGGCAGGCUGACGAAUGGGGAAGCAACUAUCUGUUCUGGUCCUGUGCUGAUGUGGACAUUGUCCAGCGGAAGGAGUACCGGGAAACGUGUUCCGGUCAUGGGAAAUUCAUCGCUCGGUGCAAGUGCGAGAAGAAGUACUACGGCAAUCGGUGCGAAUUUUGGGACGAGUGCGUCACCAAUCAGGACUGCGGCAUUCAGGGCACCUGCGUCGAUGUGGGAGGCACUUCACUACCCAGGAAGCAAUGUUACUGCCGCCUUGGAUGGUUCGGACCCGGUUGCAAUAAAAAAUCACCGAUCAAAUCAACUGAUAUCGACUACUCGCUGUACAAAACGAAGAACCUCUCGCCUGAUUUGAACGUGUACUGGAGAGUGCUUAAGGAGCAGGCCGAAAUCGAAAUGGUUCUGCGGGCAAACGGAACGUCCUGGGUUGGACUGGGUUGGAGGCCUCGACGAAUGACGGCCGAAUGUAAAAACUUCCCAUUGAUCGGAGGAGGUUCGACAGGAGGCGAAGCUGGAUCCGCAGAACCGGAGCCGGGUGCAGAGCCAGAACCAGAACCUGGCGCAGAACCGGAACCCGGAGCGGAACCGGAACCAGGAAGUGAACCAGAACCGGAAAGCACAUCGGAGCUCGCUUCGGAACCUGCUUCUGAGCCUGCCUCGGAACCAGCCUCGGAACCUACCUCUGAACCAGCUCAUCCUGAGCCGGAACCAAAAUCUUCGGCUGAACCGGAACCGGAACCAGCUACGGCAAAGGCCGAGCCAGAACCAGAACCCGGAAAAGCCAAUGCUGAACCUGAACCCGAGCCAGGACAUCCAAAACCUGAACCGGAAGUGACGGCUGAGCCGGAACCAGAAAGCACUGCCGAACCUGAGCCAACAGCUGAGGGCAAGGCUGAACCUUCACCAGAACCCACUUCGGAGCCGCAAGCCGAACCGGGUGCCAAGAAAAACAAACGUGCCGCCUCAGAUUCCAAAAGCCCUGCGAGUGAGCCGGAACCGGAAUCUUCUCCGAAAGCCGAACCGGAGCCGAAAUCAGAACCUGCUUCGGAACCGGAACCUUCAACAGCCAAGCCGAAGCCGGCGGCUCACAAAAAAGUCAACCCAUGGACUCCUCGGCACGAUUUCAACCCCAUGGACUGUACCGAUAUCGUCAUCGGUACGGCCCGAGGGGAAAACCAUCGGGUCUGGGAUUACUACACCCGAGAUCGCUCGACGCCCCGUUUGGACACCUUCUGGGGUGGCAAAUCGGAUCUCACGGCUACCGGCGGAUUCGAGAUCGAUGGCGUUACUACGAUUGUGUUCCGGCGGAAGUUGCAGGCCAACGAACCGACCGAUCAUGCCAUCGUGGACGAUCUGUUGCACGUCAUCUGGGCCAAGGGUCAGGAACCAAAAGCCUACAUCCACAAGCCUCCGUCCGGACUGGAGAAGGAGACGGCCAGCGUGCAGGACUUUUACAUGCCCGAUGAGCUGAAGUACCACGGACAUCAGAUGCAGCGCGGUGUUACGCAGAUCAACUUUGUGGAGGAAAAACGGCUGGAACCGAUAAAGGCCGCCAACGCACCGACAUCCACGGCAACCAAAGGCAGCGCUGAUUCUACCGCAGCACCGGAACCACAGGGUCCCAUCAGUCACGAGCUGGACAACGACUGUCAUGGUUUCUGGAAGUUCCCUCGUACCUGUGAACCGUCCAAGUUCAACUGUGAGUACUUUGCCAGCUGGCAGGUCGUCGGCAAGGGCGAUGCCAUGCACUUCCACAUCGAAACGAACAACACCCAAUGGUGGACCGGAAUCGGAUUCAGCAAGGACCAAAAGAUGUCCCAGACGGAUGCCGUCAUCGGCUGGGUCGAUAAGAAUGGAAGACCUUUCCUGAUGGACACCUGGAUCAAUGGUUAUUCGCCACCGAAGUUGGACGAUCGACAGGACUUGUACAACGCAUCCGGACGGAUUCAAAAUGGCGUAACGUAUUUGGACUUCAGCCGGAAACGGGACACCGGUGAUGAGGGAGAUUUGGCUUUCACCGAGGAUCAGUGCCUGUAUGUGAUGUUCCCGGUUGGUGGAGGAAUUUUCAACGGAGUCAACAAGAAAAUCAAGAAGCACGAAUCGGUCCCAGUCGUUACGGACAAUAAGAUUUGUAUCAAAUCGUGUCCACAUUUGUUUGAAUAUUUAUUCAACGCGGCAUCGACUCCAGCUCCGGAUCGGCUAGCCUAUGCUGCCUCCAUCAGGUUAACCAACUUGGCAGAUGGCUUCGAGGUUCCUCAGUCGGGAUCACCUGAGCACAGCGACCUGUCCAGGUCAAUUUCUGAGAGUUUCGACGGUAUGCUGAAGGGAGUAUCUGGAUUCCACAAAACUGAUGUUGUUGACUUUGAAAAGGAUCCAAACGGAGUAUUGGUGAAGAUGAACAUCCUGUUGAACAAGGAUGAUGUUGAGCAAAAAUUGGCUGAUGAUCCAGCUAAGCUUGAGCAAACCAUUCAACAUCUGCUUCAAAAUAAUCUUUCCUCCGGAAAGGUUGGAGCGUUUUCCGUUGAUCCGGAGUAUUUCGAAUUCCAAGCGCUGGAAUAUAAACAACCGGAGCAAGGAGAACCUUCGUUCUUCGAAACGGCUGGCACCAGAUUGUACACAAUUUUGGGCUGUAUUGCAGCUCUGGUGUUCAUUGCCAUCGUUCAGGCUAGUUGCACUAUCUACAAAACUAGAACCACAAAGAGGUUGAAGGAUCAACUGAUCCCGAAUUCAGCCUGGAAGGAUUAUUCCUCAAACACCAACUAUGCGUUCGACAACUACGAUAGCGAUAUGAAGAAUCAUUACAACUCGAAGCACCGGUCGGAUCGAAGCUACAGCAACGGGAACAGUCAGCAGACGACGCUGCAGAUGUCACACUCGCCCAACAAGUCUCAGUACUACGAAAUCGAUCGGCCGGAUGGCCCAAUGCCAAGGGAGCACAGAAACGGAUCCUCCUACGCACGGCAAAUGCACGAAUCCCGUGCCGGUGAGCACCGCCCUACGUCCUACGCCGAGCGAGCUUACUCUCUGCCCAGGCCAAUGCAUCAACAGCAACAGCAGCAUCCCUCCCAUCAUCAGCAGGCCCAGAUGCAGCGACCGGUAGGUUCCGAGUACUACACCCAGGAUCGUCGAACCAAACGCUCCAACAACAACCAUGGCGGAAGCUCUAACGGAGGAGGAGGUGGAGCUCACUACGCAGCCAGCACCAUCAACGGAAACGGAAACGGAAUGCACUACCAGCAGGCAGCCGGAAAUGGCCACCGGGAGGCUCCAUCUGGAGGUGGUGGAGGUGGCGGAAACCACUAUAUGCCGGAAUCAUCGGAUCUGUACUUUACACCCACCCAGAGGAAGUACUCCGGAGAAGUGGUGCGAGUAUUUGUUGACUACAACAAGGACAAGAAAUAAGAAGGCGGAACAAUAAGGUUUAACCCGGAACAGUACGAUGAGUGUUGAGUAAAAACAAACAAACAAACAGUCAUAAAGAGAGAUGUCAUUAAAAGAGUGGUCAUUUCGAGUGUCAUCCAAGUGAGCGUCCAACGAUUGCUUGAUGAGCGAAGCAUAAAAUAAUGCAACAAAACUUUGAGGAAGGCGAAAAACGAAAGUCGUGGUUUUCUUCAACGAUUUUCCCCGAGAGUCUUCUUGAGUGUUUUCUUUAGAGGGAAAUUGAAGAUGAUUAUCAUCUCGUCAUAAUUAGUGCCCUUAUGUUCAACUUUAAUUUUUUUAUGUUUAUUAUGAUUCACUGUCUCUUUUUUUAAUUCCUUUUUUGUUUGGCUCUCCGGCCCUUUCUUAACAACUGAGUGAUUUCAUUUCCCAUCGUUAUAUCUUUUAUUGUUUAUUUUGAUUAAAUUGACGAUCGUGAUUUGCAAAUCAGGGAUCUGCAAUCAUCAGACAACGUAAUGAAAAAAAUCAAAUAAAUAGAAGCUUAAAUUAGAGAAGGUCAGUUAACAAACCAACUAAACCUAAAACCGUUUGAAAAAAAUUAAUUCAAAAUCAAACUGCCGUUACAUGAAAUGUAGGAAAUACAUCGAAACUCCUGAACAAAAGCAAAGAAUUUUUUCUAACCCACCAAUAUGAUUUUACUUACUUCUCCUCAUUUUUACCGUUAUAUCUUUCUUUUGAGUUUUAGAAUUUUAAAAACUUAAAAUUAAAUUAUACUUCAAAAAUUAUAGAAAGGAAUAAGUCAAUCUGGUUUAAAUACUCUCCCUAGUAGUAAGGAUUAUCGUUUAUUUAAUUAGGAAUUUUUAUUUUUCCAUUUUCAACUUCUGUCCUUUGCAGAUAUGUAAAUAGAGCGAAACGCAAAUAUUAUCUGUACAUAAGUUAAGGUUAUCGUUGUUUUAUUGAAGUAUUUUAUCGCCGAACACGUUUUAUUUCCUCAACUUCAACUAAUUACUCCUUCCAAUUUCCAUCUACAAUUGUACAGUUACAUCAGUUAAAAAAAAACAAGUGGUACUAAGCGUUUUAAUUUUAACAAUAUCGUCCAAGUAAUGCUCUGUUGAAAGGAUAAAAUCGAAUCAAAUAUUCACAAUGCAGCCAAACUAUCUCUAAAGCUAGGCAGCGAUACAGUUAAUCACGAAUCGAACGACCGAAAGUCGUUGCGAAUGCAUUAAACUUCCGUCCAUUAGAUAUGGUAAAUAAAUACUAGUUUUAACUUAAGAA